AUGCCUCUUCCACGCUAUGAAUAUACCGGUCCCAUAGACCAUACAAUUGCCCCUGACCGGGCGCAGGUUAAAGGGAAGUCCGUGAUUAUCACCGGCGGCGCCAAUGGCAUGGGCGAGACGUGCGUGCGCGCAUUCGUGGCCGCAGGUGCCUACGUGACAUUCGGAGACGUCAAUAAGCGCGGGAAGGAUAUUGAGAAGGAACUCAACGAUGCUAACGGAAAGGAGGUCUGUGAGUUCGUGAAAGUCGACAUCCGCGACUGGGACCAACAGAAAGCCAUGUUUGAGACGGCAAAGAGCCGGAGCCCGAGCAAGAGCGUCGAUGUAGUCAUUGCGAACGCGGGUAUUAGUCGCAGUUCCGGGGACAGCCUGUGGAAUCUCGAUGAUCCCAACGGCGAACCAACCAAGCCAGACUUAAACAUUGUCAAGGUCAACCUUGAGGGUUCCAUGUACACUUGGAAACUCGCAGUCCAUUAUUUCAGAAAACAACCCGAUACGCCAGAGCGUGACCGCUGCUUCAUCAUCACUGGCAGCAUGGUGGCAUGGAUCGACUCCCCUGGUAACUGGGAAUACACCUCUACCAAGUAUGGCCUGCGCGGCUUCAUGCGGACGGCGCGUCGCUCCAGCUGGGAACAGGCUAUCCGGAUCAACUACGUCGCACCCUGUUGGAUCAAGAGCGCGAUCCGCACCGCCGAGUACGAGAAGUGGCUGCUCGACCGCGGUAUUGAGUUCGGCCAUUCAUUGAUGAUUACGCCGCGGACUGUUGCGAGAGAAGGCUUUAUGGAUGUUGAUAGGGAUGAUUACAAGGACACGGAGGAAGAUGCGUAUUUCAAGAAAGUCCAAGCAUCGCAACUCGUCAUCAUAGAAGACAAGUGGUUGGAUGACUAUAAGCCCCAGGGCAGGAAUGCUGCCAAAACUAGAGCUCAUUCUCCGCAGCAUUGA